ACUUUAUUCAGUUGACAGCAAGUAGGAGGGCUCUAUGGCAGGGGAAAAAAAGACAACACGAGAAAAAUUAGUAUUUUCUACCUUCAGAAAUUAAUGGCCAUGAGUUCGUAUAUGGUGAACUCCAAGUAUGUGGAUCCCAAAUUUCCUCCUUGCGAGGAAUAUUUGCAGAGUAGCUACCUAGCUGAGCAGGGUGCCGAGUACUACAGUGCCUCGCAGGGCUCUGAUUUCCAGCACCAGGGACUCUACCCGGAGCAGCCCUUUAGCUGUAGCAAUGCCCAAGGCUCUGCCGUGCCGCCGCGGGGUCAUGGACAGGAGCAAUCCGGCCCGGCCAGCCACUUCCCCGGCCAAGCAGAGCAUUGUCCACCGCCUCCAAUGCCCAACUCGCGAGCCUGCAGCCAGCAGCCGGCCCUCAAACCCCCAAACGGGUCCGCAGUUAAGCAGCCAGCAGUAGUUUACCCCUGGAUGAAGAAAGUCCAUGUUAACUCGGUGAAUCCCAAUUACAACGGAGGGGAACCUAAACGCUCCCGCACAGCUUACACCAGACAGCAAGUCCUAGAACUGGAAAAAGAAUUUCAUUUUAACAGGUACCUGACCAGGCGCCGCCGUAUCGAGAUAGCCCACACUUUGUGUCUCUCUGAGCGCCAGAUCAAGAUCUGGUUUCAGAACAGAAGAAUGAAGUGGAAAAAAGAUCACAAACUGCCCAACACGAAGGGCAGGUCUUCUUCCUCUGGUUCAAACCCCCACUUACAGACUGGUUCCAAGGACCAUCAGACUGACUUGACAACUUUGUAGAAGAGGUGAAAUUUUCCAUUUCAUCCUUCGCUUCUGACCAGUACUGUACAUAACUGACACUGCCCAAGCAGAACCUGCAUGUAGCAGCUAAGGACUCGAGAAACUGUCAUCUUUCUUUAAGGUACUGUUGUACAAAGGAGACAAAAUGACGCUACUAUGGACUUUAUUUUGUUUGUCUCUGCUAGCACAACCUAAAAAAGGGAAAAAAAAAAAGGGAGAAGGAAAAAAAUGCAACAUCAUGCAGUCAGUGGGAAUUGGGAAAACAUUAAACGAGACUUUCUGUCCAUAAAAAGUAAUAAAUCAUUGAAAAUGAAACUUUCCUGUGUUUCAGUUUUGAAUUUGAAAGUGAAGGUUCGAUGCUUUAUUCUGGGAUUUUUACUUUUAAUUGUCUUUUUAUCCCAUGCAAUUUCGGGAGGAUGCAUUUGGGCAAGUUGAGGACAGGAAAUUUAUAGCAUAGUCUUUUAUCUGAACAUAAAGACUAGUAACUGUGAACUUUUCGUGCUGCUUUAUCUUUCUUGGUGUAAUGAAAAUACUUGCUCAUUUCCAUAACGUCUCAGAAGGUGUGCAUAGGAGUUAAGUGAAAACGGGUUAUUUCGUGUACUGAUAGUGUUAGCAUAUUUAUUUAUUUGUUACGUAGAAGAG